CGCGCUAACACUCAGAGAUCUUUCUAAUGGCGGCAGUCUCUCUCGUUCCUCCGCUCUCACUCUCUCAUCUCCGUUGUAAGCCCUCCUUCUUUCCUCCAAACCCUAACCCUAAUUCUAACCAUUGGAGAACCAAUCGCAUCAUCCUGAUAUCGGUGUCAUCAUCAUCGUUCCGGAAUGGUAGCACGCCGGAGACGGAGUGCCCAGUGCCCCUGGAGCAGCAGCCAGUGAAUGAAUACCAAGCCCUAUCCGAUUCCUUCCCCUUCUCUUGGGCGGCGGCGGACCUCUUCGCCUACUGCUCCCGCCUCGCUAUUACUGGCGUCUCCUUCUCCCUGUUCAUUGGCCUGCCCGUCUCUUCUUUCGGAACGGCUGAUCCCCGCGCGCGCGCCCUUGGCGCUGCUUCCGCUGGGAUCCUCUCUGUGACCCUUGCGGUCCUUCGCAUGUACCUCGGCUGGGCCUACGUCGGCAACCGCCUCCUCAGCGCUACGGUUGAAUAUGAGGAGACGGGGUGGUAUGAUGGACAGAUAUGGGUGAAGACUCCUGAAGUUUUAGCUCGUGACCGUCUUCUUGGUUCAUUUUCUGCGAGUCACCUCACAUACAUACACUAAAUCUUCAACCAUAUUUUAGAAAGACAGUACCAUUUACUUAUUGAGGCGAUGGUAUUUGCAUCAGUAGUUUGUGCAAAUAUCUGAUAAUAAGCAAAUGGAGAUCGGAAGGAAACCUGGAGGACGCUGAGUGAUGGGCUUAUCAUUGGCUCAUUGGCUUUGCACACACCGAACUUUAUCCGAUUGAUUAUCACUUAAGGAAGUACAUCUGGUUUGUAUGAUCAUGCGUGUGGAUACGUAUGGGGUUUGUGAAUCACUCCUCAUGAGGCUUCAUUUUCACCAUUAUUCAAAGGUGUAGGCCUCCAAUAUAGAGUAUGUCCAAGAAUGUGUAGCUUUCACCAGACCGGCUACAAAUCUUAGAGAUCAUGGUUUUCUACUACAGGACACUGUUCACCCUACUAGGGGACCCAUCUCUCCCCUUCUAUUUAUCUAUCUAUCUAUAUCUUGAGAUGUAGAUUAUAUAUCAUUAAUUGUUAAUUAUGUCAUGCUUUAAUUAAUGAGUACAAAGGGUUUGAGGAUGUUUGCCUUUGUACCAUAAUCAGACUGCAGGAUGUGGACUCUCACAAAAAAAAAGGGGUAGGUUUUGUGGGAAUGUUAUGGUAUUGAAUGUCUU